AAGUCCAAUAUGUUCGGACCGAAAACGGUCUGGAUAUAGUUGCAGGUUUUAUAUUUCUUACUGAAAUAUACGGACCGAUUUCGGUCCGUAUAGUAUAUAUAUACGGACCGAUUAUACAUCGGUCUGUAUAUUAUACUUAUUCGUACCAGGUUUUUUCAGAUCAACUAUAAGGACCAAUAUCGGUCCGGAUAUAUAUGUUCAGACCGAUUUGGGAUAUAUACGGACCGAUUGGUCGGUCUGAAUAUUACAUUCCUGCAAGAUUUGUCUAUGUCAUGAGGUCUGCUGCCAUCUAUGAGCCAAGUACUGUUCUUGUAGCCAAGUGAUGAAUCUACUUUUCUUUUCUAAAAUGCUAAAAUUUUAUUGAUAUAAAAAAUCAUUCAAGUU